UUUACCAUAUCUGCAGAUAAAGAACAAAUUAAAGCAGAAAAUUUGAAUAGCACUGCUAUGGUGGAAUUUGUUCUCUUGGGAUUUUCUGAUACUCCCAGUCUCCAAAGGACUCUGUUUGGUGUAUUUUUACUCAUAUAUUUGACUAUCCUGAUGUGCAAUAGCUUCAUAAUAUUAAUUACAAAAACCGACCCUGCUCUCCAGACACCCAUGUAUUUUUUCCUUGGCAUUUUUUCCUGUUUGGAAAUCUGUUAUGUAACAGUAACUAUCCCGAGAAUGCUCAUGGACCUUUGGACUCAGAAAGGUCAUAUCUCCUUCCUUGCCUGUGCUACACAAAUGGGGUUCUUCUUUAUGCUUGGGGGCACAGAGUGUCUCCUCCUGACAGUGAUGGCUUAUGACCGUUAUGUGGCCAUUUGCAACCCUCUCCAUUAUUCUCUAGUGAUGAACCACAAGUUCUGCAUGCAGCUGGUGGCUGCCUCCUGGAUCACUGCAAUUCCAGUUGCAAUUGGGCAAACAUGGAAGGUUUUCUCUUUGCCCUUUUGUGCAUCUCACACAAUCAAUCACUUCUUCUGUGAUGUUCCACCAAUACUCCAGCUUGCUUGUGGGGACACAUUUCUGAAUGAGAUAGCUGUUUUUGUAGUUGCAGAUACAGUGGUGUUUAUCAUGGUUCCAUUUCUGUUGAUUGUUGUCUCCUAUGGCAAAAUUAUCUCCAGCAUUAUGAAGUUGUCAUCUGCCAGAGGAAGGUCUAAAGCCUUUUCUACCUGCUCUUCUCACUUGACAGUUGUAGUGUUAUUUUAUGGCACAGCUACCAUUACUUAUUUACAACCCAAACCAGAUCAGUCUGAGGGAAUGGGGAAGCUAAUCUCUAUUUUCUACACUGCUUUAAUCCCUGCUUUGAAUCCCAUCAUAUAUACACUGAGGAACAAAGAUAUCAUGACGGCACUGAGAAAAGUACUACCCAAGUUAUUAGCAUGA